AUGGUCAACAUUGAGGAAAAGAUACUACAGUGUCUGCUGGAGCAUGAAAUCAACAAGGAUACAGGCUAUGUGUGUAAACAUUGCAGCCUUGCUGGACAUCCUGCACUUUUCAGAUGCAGAGAUUGCUGGAACUCUGAUGUUCUAUGUCAAACAUGUCUUAUAAAGGAGCACAAGGCCAAUCCUUUUCACUUUGCAGAGAAAUGGACUGGAUCUUACUUCAAGCGUGUCAAUCUCAGUGACUUGGGUCUAGUCAUCCACUUGGGUCAUGGAAGAUCUCCUUGUCCAAAUGCUAGUGUUGAAGACAAGCAAAAGCUCAAGAUUGUUGACAGAAAUGGUAUUCAAACUGGUUUUAUUCUUUAUUGCAGCUGUCCUGGUCAUCAGCCUAAAUGCUUGCAACUGCUUGAACAUCAACUAUUUCCUGCUUCUGCUGAACAGCCUCAUACAGCAUUUACUUUUCAAGUGCUUAAACACUUUCAUGCUGAGACUACAUGCUCUCGAACUACUGCAUAUGACUAUAUCAAACAGUUGCAAAAGCUAACUGAUGGUAUAGCUCCACAAAAUGUAACUAAUGUGUACCGAGAGUUUUUGAGGACAGCAAGACUAUGGAGGCAUCUGAUGACUAAGAAAAGACUUGGCAUCACCCAUGGCAUUUGGACCUUGUUACCUAAGUCAUAUCAGGACCUUGUAUGUAUUCUAUGUCCAGCAUGUCCACAUCCAGGAAUCAACAUAUCAGCUCAUGAACAAACUGACUACAGAAGUGCACUAUUCAUAUCAAUUGAUGGCAACUUUGGACUGAAGCACAAGAAGUCUGCAAGCAAUUCUGAUGAUCCUGCAUUAUCCGAUGGCACUGCAUAUUUUCCAUUCAAUGCAGAAUAUCUUAAAUAUCUCAAGGCAGUUAAGAAUGAUGAAGAGGUGUCCACAUGCAAUUGCUCUAAAAUCAUUGAAAGCAUGUUUCAAAACAAGCCUCACUAUGAUGUGACAGGUAUUAUUGCAAUUGUUUGCUCAAGACAUGGCUUCUUCUGGCCACAUGGAACAGUUGAUCUUCAGAAAGGUGAAAGAUUUUGCAAUGCUGACUAUGCACUUGCUGGAGUGCUUCAGAUUGCUUGUGAUGUGAAGCGUAUCUUUGCAUCAUAUGAUAUUGCAUGCGGAUUCUGCAAGAAGAUUCGCUUACGAUUUGAAGAAUAUUUUCCUGAUCUUCUCCAUAUUCUGGAUCGAAUUACCUUUCUGAUUCCUAAAAUGCAUCUGCUGGGUCAUCAAGAGCUUUGCAGACAACUGUUUUCCUUCAACCUGACAGAAGGAGCAGGACGAACUGAUGGAGAAGUUAUUGAGCGUGUAUGGGCUCAAUAUAAUGAGCUCAUUCGAAGCACACGUGAAAUGACAUAUGGACACAGACAUGAUGUGAUGAAUGACCAUCAUUCAUCUCUUAACUUUGAAAAAAUGAUAAAUCUUGGUAGGUCUUAA